CGCGGCUUCCCGGGCCCGACCCCGCCCCCGCGCGAUGAUUGAGGCGCGCGAUGUAAACAAGGCCGGCCCCGCCCCCGCGCGCGUGACCCGUGACCCCGCGACCUGUGACCCCGUGACCCGCGGUAUAAACAGCCGCGGGCCAGGCCGGCGGCUAACAGAACCCGCGGACCGCGGUGAGGACCGCGCUGACCCCGCGCUGACCCCGCCGGGACCACCGCGACCCCUGACCUCCGACCCCGCCGUCGCCACGCAGCCGCCGGCCAUGCCCAGGCCCCGCCCCCUGCUCCUCGCCGUCAUGGCCGCCACGCUCGCUGACAUCAUCCUCGCCGCGGAUCCCGCCCCCGCAGGCCCCGCCCCCCGGCCGCCCAACUUCCUGCUCAUCAUGGCCGACGACCUGGGCAUCGGUGACCUCGGCUGCUACGGCAACAAAACGCUCAGGACGCCGCACCUCGACCGCCUGGCCCGCGAGGGGGUGAAGCUGACGCAGCACCUGGCGGCCGCCCCGCUCUGCACCCCCAGCCGCGCCGCCUUCCUGACCGGGCGCUACCCGCCGCGCUCAUCGUCGGGGGGCCUCCCGCCCAGCGAGGUCACCAUGGCGCGGCUGCUGAAGGGGCGGGGCUACGCCACGGCGCUCAUUGGGAAGUGGCACCUGGGUCUGAGCUGCCGCGGGGCCACCGACUUCUGCCACCACCCCCUGCGCCACGGCUUCGACCGCUUCCUGGGCGUCCCGACCACCAACCUGCGCGACUGCCGGCCGGGGGCGGGCACCGUGUUCGGCCCCGCCCUGCGCGUGUUCGCGGCCGGGAGGAACCGGGCCCGCCCCUUCCUGCUCUUCCUGUCCUUCCUGCACGUCCACACCGCGCACUUCGCCGACCCCGGGUUCGCGGGGCGGAGCCUGCACGGGGCCUACGGCGACAGCGUGGAGGAGAUGGACUGGGGCGUGGGCCGCGUGCUGGCGGCGCUGGACGAGCUGGGCCUGGCGCGCGAGACGCUCGUCUACUUCACCUCGGACCACGGGGCCCACGUGGAGGAGCUGGGGCCGCGCGGCGAGCGCAUGGGCGGCAGCAACGGCGUCUUCCGCGGCGGGAAGGGCAACAACUGGGAGGGCGGCGUCCGCGUCCCCGGCCUCGUGCGUUGGCCCCGCGAGCUCAGCCCCGGCCGCGUCGUCGCGGAGCCCACGAGCCUCAUGGACGUCUUCCCCACCGUGGCGCGGCUGGCGGGGGCGGAGCUGCCCGACCAGCUCGCCCCGCGGCACCUGAUGUGGAAGCCGUGGCUGCAGCUGUGGGGCGGGGGCGGGGCCGGGGGCGGGGCCGGCGCCCAGGACGACUCAGGCCACGCCCACGGCGAUGGAAGCCACGCCCACGACGACCCAGGCCACGCCCAGGACAGAGGCGAUGACGACGCCCACUACGGAGGCCACGCCACGACACGGACUCAGGCCACGCCACGAUGAAGCAGGACACGCCCACCGCGAUGCAAGCCACGCCCACGAUGAAGCAGGACACGCCCACCGCGAUGGAAGCCACGCCCACGGCUACGGAGGCCACGCCCAGGACAGACUCGAUGACGCCGCCCACUAUAGAGGCCACGCCCACCACGACCCAAG